AUGGACAAGCGGAAGCGAGACAGCAGCCCAGCAGCAGAGCAUCCAGCCAAGCGGCCCUGCACCACCUCUGGCUCUCAGCGUGGAGGCGAGGAACCAUCCCGGCCAGAGGUACACGCUGGCCAGCCACAAAGGAGCACCAGUCCCCAGCCGUCCACCUCUGGCUCGCAGCAGCACCCUGAAGAGCCACAGAUAAGUCCCAGCCUCUGGCCGUCCACCUCAGACUAUGAUUCAGAUUCUGUUAUAGAUUUCAAUAUCGAUUCAGUUUCAGACUCAGAUUCAGAUUAUGAGUCAGAUUCUCUUUUAGAUUUCUGUUUCGAUACCGAUUUAGACUCAGAAUCAUACUCUGAUUUCCAGAGCGAGAGGAGCUCCAGCCCCCCGAUGUCCAACUCUGCUGUGCAACUAGACCAGGCCCAGCAAGUGAGGACUUCCCAGCAAUCCCCCUCCCAGGAGGAGGUACCCGAGGACCCGCCAGGGAUGAGCGCCGAGCCUGAGCCACCCCCCCCUGGUUUGCAGCGUGGCAUGCAGCAGGAGGAGCCAAUCCAGCCCGUCAUGCACUUCCCGUCUGGAUUUCCACACUCCGGGGAUGUUGAGAUCCUCACUGCCUCGCUGCUAACUCAGUUCUCCUGA